AUGCAGCCAACACACCCGAUCCGCCUGGGUCUGGCGUUGAACUUCUCCGUAUUCUAUUACCAGAUCCUCAAUUCGCCCGACCGCGCGACGGAGGAGUCGCAGCGGGCGUACCAAGAGGCGUACGAGGCGGCGCGGACCAGGAUGCGCCCGACGCACCCGGUGCGCCUAGGCUUGGCGCUCAACUUUUCCGUGUUUUACUACGAGAUUGUCAUGUCUGCGGACCGGGCGUGCCACUUGGCCAAGCAGAUGUUCGAAAUGAAUUCGGAAGCGAGGGUCCCGCAAAUUGACCCGGUUGAGAACCUCUGGUGUACAUUGUUUGCGAAGGAUGUUUCGCAAGUGCUCGUGUACAAAUUUUCUGUGAACGAAGAUGUCGCAACUCAAAAUUUAUCAAUGAAAGAAAAUAAUCGGCAGCAGCGUCAUCUAGUGUCAGCGUACAGCAACGUCAUUCUUUUCUCAUUAUCGCGUGACACUAGUGGUGCUGCUGCUCUUGCUGUGGUCGCUUCCUUGGACGAUGGUGGUGAUGAUGAUGAGGGGUGGUGA